AAUGACUUUGUGUAUACAUAGCCAUUAACCUCUCAAUUUUCUUGGUUGGUGGGUUCGUAUAGUUUUGGCUUCUCUCACUUAUGGAAACAUCCUUAAGCUACGAUAUUUUGGAUUUCUUACAAAACAUCGUCGUUUCCAAGUCACAGCAAAAUUCCCUUUCUUCCUCUUCUUAUUCAGCGACUUUCUCUUGCUCCGUCACAGAGCAACAAUCUCACUCAACUCAAAAUUUACCUUCUCUGCGACCAGGAGGUGGUUCCAGUGAUGACUACGUACAAUCGCCGAAGAGGUCAAGGAGAACGAGAAGUGAUAAAAAGAUAGAAGAUAUACAGAACCAAAGGAUGAAUCACAUUGCCGUCGAACGUAACCGGAGAAGACAGAUGAAUCAUUUUCUCUCUGUCCUCAAAUCUAUGAUGCCUCUCUCUCAUUCUCAACCUAAUGACCAAGCAUCAAUCGUAGAAGGGACCAUCAACUAUCUAAAGAAGCUAGAACAACUUCUUCAUUCACUCGAAGCACAAUUAAAAGCUCGUAAACCUAAUCAAUCACCAAACAAAUUCUCCAACUUCUUCAUGUUCCCUCAAUACUCCACCGCUACUACUGCCUCCUCCUUCUCCUCUACCUACCACCACAGCAAGGCAGUUGCUGACGUGGAGGUUACAAUGGUAGAAAGACAUGCCAACAUCAAAGUGUUAACAAAGACACAGCCAAGAUUGCUCUUCAAGCUGAUCAAUGAUUUUAACUCAUUAGGUUUAAGUACUCUACAUCUCAACUUAACAACUGCUAAUGAAAUGUCUCUCUUCACUAUUGGCGUCAAGGUAGAGGCAAAUUCGCAGUUGACGCCUUCAAUUAAUGAGGUCGCAAAUGCGGUGCAUGAAGUCGUUAGAAGAAUUCACAAGGAAAGUUGAAAUUUCAUCACAAUUAUUAUAAAUAAUCUCUUAUAAAAUAAUCAAGUACCCAUAAGUCAACAAGUGUAUAUAGGCUUCAAAUUUCAUCUUUUUAAAUUUAAUACAGUCUAAAUAAAGUUAUACUA